UGACUAGUAGUCCAUUCACCCAAGAAAGGAAGCGCGGAGCGCCUAUCUCUCAGAACCGCCGCGAGUAUCUACUCACGCUGGUACACCUCGACACGAUUCGUACUAAUUCCGUCCCACUUCUUAAUCAUCGAUCGACUGCUCACACUAAAGAUUGUGUUGUAACAUGUUUUUCGACCAGACGCCUCACCGAGGGAUGAUGAUUCAAGACGGUGGACCACAGGAUUUAGUAGUAGAGGCACUCAGCGACGAUCUCUGCAACCCCAACAUGCAAAAUGAAGUCGAUUUCUGGAAGAAAUUCGCCCUCCCAACCCCACCGUACUCGCCGGAGAACUAUAGCAAUUCGUGCAAAAGGAACGUUUUUCCCGGCCAACACCAGAACACGUUACAAGUAGUUCCCGAUGACUUCCCAGAAGACCUUUCCUCGGAUCUGCCGCUUGUGUUAUCGGAUGCCGAGAUGGAAAGACUCACUUCUAGUACAUUUGUGAACGAUUGUGUUUGGAGUGAAGGGGACUACGACCCACAUCGGAUGGCUGGGAAUUUGUGCGCCCAAACGGAGCCAGUACGAGAAAUACUGCCCACACUUCCCGAAAAACAACUCCGCGACUUUGCACAGUACACACAGUCUCUCGCAGCGCAGGAGAACACAGUUUGCCAGCAACAAGCUCCUCAUCGCUGGAUGCCUUAUACCGUCGAGUCUCCCUCACAGCACCAGCAAAUCCAACACCCUGUACGACCCGCAGAAGACUUUGCUCCACAAAGAUACGAAAAUGUAAAUUCAAAAAGAACACGAAAACCGAGAAGAGCGAGCCGAAACUCCCCCCAGCGACCGACGGAAACUGAAAACGAAGACUCCGAAGACAGUGAAAUCAGCCGAGCAACGCACAACGUACUAGAAAGACAACGGCGGGAAGAUCUGAAGUGUCGGUUUCAACUUCUAAGAGACAGUAUUCCUGAACUCGAAGACAAUGAGCGCGCACCGAAGGUCGCCAUCUUGAAGAAAGCCCGAGAAUUUGUGCAUCAGUUGAUAGGCGAGGAAGAGAGAUUGUGCGCAGAUAAGGAGCUAGAAAGACAGCGCAAACUUAUCCUACUCAAGCGUCUUCACGAUCUCAGGAACGACUGCUAUGGAGUCUUAUAAACUCGUUGACUUGUUUACUAUCAAAUGCAACCACUAUGUGGCCCAAAACAACACUAUCAUUACAAACGUUUUUGUUCCAAAUUUCAUAGCUUUAUUUUUGUCAAAAGUUAUUAGUUAUUUCGUUGUAAAAUAGUUUCUUCAAGAAAACGUGAAACUUGACCCCCUAUGGGUCUUUCAAAUUAUGCCAUUUUAGUUAUUUUUUUGUAAAAGCGAAAUUAAUUUCGAAUCCAAUCAAAAUGGCCAGACGACGGCGUACUCGGGCGAUUCCCUUUAUUCACUCUUUAUUUUAAUGACGCCGAAUUAUGCCUAAAAAUUAUGUAAAAAGGAAUUCCAGUUGGUUUAGCUUCAGAUGCUAAGAUCAUAAUCUCGUCCAUUUAGGACUUAAUUUGUACAGACACCAUGUACAGGAUUGCCUUCGUUUUCCAGCUUUCAAAAACGUAGGUGUGACAGCUACUAGCAUUCCGACUUAUGCGCAAACUUCGCGCAAUUUUCACCCUUCAGUCAAUAGCACUUUGGAAAUGCUCUACUCGUCACCCAAAGCUAAGUACACCGCCAAAAUUCAUGAAUGAGAAUUCCAAAUGCGAUUUUUCUGUGUGAUAAAGUGUUUUAAUCAAUAACUCCUUUGUUGAAAAUGUUGACGAGUGUUCAUUGACCAGGUGCUGCUACGGAUUGUUAGUUUAAUAAGUUUAUGUUUAUAUUAAUUUCUUCUAAACUCUAAAUUCGAAUCUUCUUUUUAAUAAUUCGACUAUAAACCAUUUUGUAUCAUAGUUUAAUAGAUAUGUACAUUAAUGAUUCUAUUUUAUUUUUAUUUUCGAAAAAAAAAACCCUAACAAGUGCCUAGACGCCUAUGAUUCCGUUUGUUUUGUCUCCAAAAAAAAAACUCUUCAUGUCAGUGGCUAAAAUCUAAGUACAAAGCAUAGAACUAAAUCCAGUAUAGUAUGGGUGAUCCAUUUCCGCAACCUUAUGAGCUCGCAAUGACUAUUAGAGCCCAACAAAUCGAAGAAAAUACUUCUCAAAAGACAUUUCACUUUCGAAUGUCAAAAUAACGAGACUUUUCCAUUUAUGCGACAUCGCGUAUGUUAGUAUGUUGAGGCAGACCUGUCAGGUUCAACCACUUGUUGCGCACAGUUCAUAAGUUGUGGUAAAAGGAAGAGAGUUAAUACAGUGUAUAUAACUCAACCUAAGGGUAAAACACAAUUAGUUCAUUACAAGAUAUCCAGACUAUGUUUAUAAUUACGUACAAAUCUAUAAAAACCUUUUCACUCCGAAAUCGCAGUUGUAAAUAAAUAAUACCUUAUGACGUUCAUCAAAACGUCCAAUGUACUAAGCAAAAGGUGCUUUAUAAGUAUCGAAAAUUUGUAAUAAAGAUAUAAGAUAUAUCACAUAAAUAAAAAUGUUCAGAACAAUGAA